AGGGACGAGGAAGGCCCUGUGACCGUGACCCCGACCCAAGCCCAGACCCAGACCCACGUACACGUACCGCUAUGGAGGGUUCAGACAGUGAGCUGGGAGUCUUCACGGUCAUCCACAGCCACAGGACCAAGGCGUCGGGCUGGCCACCCCCCUCCGGCAGCUGGAGUCCCUCGCAGGGAGCCCCCAAUGGCUGGGACAUGGCGUCCAAUAGGGAGGGCAGAGACUGCUUCAUCAAUCACGUGUCCCAGAGCAGCUCGCUGGAGGAGGUGCGUCUGGACGGGGAGAAGGUCGCUCCUCCGCCCCCGCGCAGGGUGGAGAUGAGACGGGACCCUGUGCUGGGGUUUGGCUUCGUGGCAGGAAGUGAGAAGCCUGUCGUGGUGCGCUCCGUCACCCCAGGGGGUCCUUCAGAGGGCAAGCUCAUCCCCGGGGACGAGAUCGUCAUGAUAAACGAUGAGGCCGUCGGCGCAGCGCCCAGAGAGAGGGUCAUCGACCUGGUCAGGAGCUGCAAAGAGUCCAUCGUGCUGACGGUGGUGCAGCCAUACCCAUCACCCAAGUCUGCGUUCAUCAGUGCAGCCAAAAAGGCCAAGUUGAAGUCCAACCCGGUGAAAGUCCGCUUCGCAGAGGAGGUCAUUAUAAAUGGCCAGGUCCCAGAAUCGGUGAAGGAUAACUCCCUUCUCUUCAUGCCAAACGUUCUGAAAGUGUACCUUGAAAAUGGACAGACGAAAUCAUUCAAAUUUGACUGCAACACCUCUAUUAAGGACGUCAUCAUGACCCUGCAGGAGAAGCUGUCCAUUAAGAGCAUCGAGCACUUCUCUCUGGUGCUGGAGCAGAGGGGCGAGGGCACCUGCAGCAAGCUCACCCUCCUGCACGAGCAGGAGAUGCUAACUCAGGUGACCCAGAGGCCUGGGGCGCACAAGAUGAAAUGCUUUUUCCGCCUCAGCUUUGUUCCAAAGGACCCCGUCGACCUGCUCCGAAGAGACGCGGUGGCGUUCGAAUACCUCUACGUCCAGAGCUGUAAUGAUGUGAUUCUGGAGCGCUUCGGCUCGGAGCUGAAAUACGACACCGCCCUUCGUCUGGCCGCGCUGCAGAUGUACAUCCUGACUGUCAACACCAAACAGACCCAGAAGGUCUCCCUCAAGUACAUCGAGAAGGAGUGGGGCUUGGCUCUCUUCCUGCCCCCGGCUGUACUGUCCAGCAUGAAAGAAAAGAACAUCAAAAAAGCCCUUACACACAUUCUUAAAACAAACCAGAACCUGGUGCCCCCUGGCAAAAAGCUGACUGCCUUGCAGGCAAAGGUUCACUACCUGAAAUAUCUCAGUGAAUUGCGACUGUACGGUGGCCGUGUUUUCAAAUCCACUUUGCUGCAAGGUGAGAAGCACACUGAGGUGACUCUGCUGGUGGGGCCCAGAUAUGGCAUCAGUCACGUCAUUAACACCAAGACUAAUCUGGUGGCCCUGCUGGCAGACUUCAGCCACGUCAACCGCAUUGAGAUGUACACUGAGGACGAGAAGAACGUCCGUGUGGAGCUGCACGUCUUAGACGUGAAGCCCAUCACUCUGAUAAUGGAGUCCACUGAUGCCAUGAAUCUGGCCUGCUUGACCGCUGGCUAUUACAGGCUAUUGGUAGAUUCUCGCAGGUCCAUCUUCAAUAUGGCAAACAGCAACACAGGAGGACAUGACUCGAGGGGGAAGCACACCUACCAAGCCAUAGAGUGGAACUACAGCGCCCCCUGUGGAGGCUACGAGGAGCACAACCACCAGCAGGCGUACACCAGAGAGCUGCCCGGCAAAGAGCCCGACUACUCGGACUACGGCCGGAGGGACGCAGGCGACGGCGCCCCGCUCUACAUCACCGAGAUGCAGCAGCAGCAGCCGCCGCCGCCGCCCCAGCACGCCCUCGGCUACAUGGGCGAGCGCUCGGAGCAGCUGGGCCGGGGGAACGCGCACACCCCGCAGCCCUUCCUGUGCGUGCCCCGCGCCAAGCCCCACGACUCGCCCCGCAGCGCCAAGGUCUCCUUCAUCUUCGGCGACCCGCCCCUGGACCGCGUCAACCCGCAGAACCUGGGCUACCACCGUCUGAUGGACGACAUCGUCGUCGGCCACGAGGCCCUGGACCGGCACCGGCACCUGUACAUGCAGCACGUGGACGACUACAAGGCGCUGGACCCCGGCGCGCUGGACUGCGACGAUGGCGAUGGCGACGACGGCUUCCAGUACCCGGCGCACCCGGUCUACGGCGACCACGCCAAGAUCUUCGGCGCCGCCGAGGGCAUCGAGGAGCCGCUGCUGCGCGACAUCUGCUACGCCGAGACCACGGACGACGCCGAGGACGAGGACGAGGUGAGCUGCGAGGAGGACACGGCGAUGAUGGGGACGAUGAUGAUGGGCGACCUGCGGGACAAGCAGCCGCCCACCUUCCUGUCGCUCUCCGAGUCCAGCGACGACAUCAUCGACCUCACCUCGCUGCCGCCGCCGCCCGAGGGCAACGACGAGGAGGACACCGACGUGAUGCUGCAGUCGCUCAACCUGGCCAUCGCCGCGCCGCCGCCCGGCUUCAGGGACAGCUCCGACGAGGACGAGCACCACGGGCCGCCGUCGGGAUCGGCCGCCGCUGCCGCCGUAGCAGGACAGUCCGGUCAGGCGCGGCGCAACGACAUCCCCGUGUCCCUGAUCGACGCCAUCCCCACGCACAGCGAGGGGGAGUCCGAGGAGGGCCUGGACGAUGCCGUGGUGUCCACUCUGCAGGCGCUAGAGGCCCUCGCGGCGUCUGAGGAGCAGUCGCACCCUCAGUCGGACAAUAGUUCAGGUGUAGAAAUAUCAAGGGCCUUUAGUCCCGAGUCGUCUUCUGAUUCCGGAAACGAAACAAAUUCCUCCGAAAUGACGGAGAACUCGGAGCUGGCCGCAGCUCAGAAACACUCCGAGCACUCCUUGCGAAUGUUUGUCGUCGCGACCGCCGAGGGCUACCAGACGCUGGCCGAGGAGAAGACCGACUUCCGCAGGAGCGUGUGCGAGGUCGAGGGCGUCGUGGCGUCGGCCCAGCGCGGCCCUCAGCCCAAAGCUCAGGAAGAGGAGCACCCGUCCGCGGACGUGCCUUCCUCGCAGAUGCUCCGCUCCGACGCCAUCGAGAUGGAGCCCGAAACCAUGGAGACCAAAUCCCUCACGGACUACUUUAGCCAAAUGCACAUGGACGCGGCGGCGGUGCCCGGCGCCCAGAGGCAAAGGAAGCCGAACGAGGCGGAGGGCGGUUUGCCCGACGAGGGCACGGACGACCCGAGACAGAUGACAAUGCCAGAUCCAAACGGAGAGGACCCGCACCUGGUGGGAAACUACAACAGUUUUAAUGCACGCGAUUCGCACCAGUUCGAAAUGGAGAGAAUGUCGCUUCCAUUUCACGACAAGACCCAAAGAUGGCAACAGAUGGCUGACAAUAAAACAGCCGGGCGAACGCCCCCGCCCGAAUACCCUCACGACUGCAACGCUUUGCCCGCGGCUCACGCCGACAAAGCGAUGGUCAGCGACGAAAACGGCUCCGCCGGCCUCUGCAAAUACGCGCGGUCUCCGGCCAAAGAGCCCUACUCCGCGGAGCAGCCGCCGCACGCUCUCCCCGCCGAGCAGCUGGGCAAGACCGGCCCGUCGGCGUCGGCGUCGGAGCCCGACGCGGCGCGCCUGUACGAGUACCACCUGAGCAAGCGCAUGUCGUCGCUCCAGAGCGAGGGCGUCCACUCGCUGCAGAGCUCGCAGUGCUCGUCCAUCGACGCCGGCUGCAGCACGGGCAGCAGCAGCUGCGUCACGCCCAUGGACUCGCCGCUCUGCGCCGGCGACGGCGGCAGCGCUCUGCACCUGCUCUCCGAGUCCUCCCUCAAGGGCCUGGGCUACGGGCUCGCGUCCGCGCAGGAGGAGAAGGCCUACGCCAAGCCCCCCCCGCACCCGCACCCCAACAUGGACCCGUCCCUGGGCCCCCGCAAGGCCCACGCACAACCUGGCGCCGAGCCAGCAUUUGGAACCAUUCGAGAUGGUUGCCAUCGCAUGCCCAAGAUAAGGGAAACCACAGUGUAGCGUGUAUGGAGCUGUAGGGAGCCAGCGGAGGUCACACAGAGGUCACCUGGCUCCGCUAAAAACCUCCUCUAGUCCCAUGCCACCACUGUCUCACAACCGCACACUGUCAAACAAAACAAACAAACAAAAAAAAAAGUGCCAAAGCAGGAGAGUGUGGAGGCUCUGAAACUGAAUUUCCCCAUUUGAUGUUUCCCAUCAAGCCUCUUCCCUCUCCCCCUCGUCCCCCGGCACAGGCGGCCACUGGGGGGACCGUUAUCAGGUUGGACACACAGGACAUGACAGGACGACUGGCUCAGGGAGUGCUACUUUGGUGGAGGGGGCGGGGAGGGGACCAAAAAGCAAGAACAGGUAGAGAGGGGCUUGGAUGGCCCCGUCCCAAAUGUCUGCAGGCGGUAUUGAUGGGAUUCUUCUCCCGGUGGAUUCUUCUCCCGGUGGAUUUCAUGCUAACGUCAUCAGCAGCAUUGCCAAGUGGAUGUCCCUGCAGGAGGAAGCGUCCCCGUGUGUGUGUGUGUGUGCGGCCUCACCGGGGAGCUGCCAAACCCCGGACGCGGGCCACCGGACGAGGGCCACCGGACGUGCCACAGUCCCGCACGCUGCUGCUGCUACCGAAGAGAGACAACGAGGAGCGUUUAAGCCGAGCAGAUGUGAAGGUAUCAUGAAGCCUCAUGCUGGCCACACACGUGAGAUGAAACAGAGUAGACGCAGGCGGCCCUGGCGUCUGAGAAUGCCACAGAAACCACGCUGAUGAGGAACUGAAAGCCCCCCACCCCACCCCCCCCCCUGCAGCAGCUGGUCCAUAUCAGGCUCUACACACCAGAGAGAGAGAAAAACAUUGUUGUGGAUGCCUCCAGUACAACGCGUGUUAAUAGGGUGGUGUGUAAGGGUGCUAUCCAUUUUGAAAGACAUAAAAGUUGACUUGACUGCGGUUUUAGAAUCCUCUCGACUGUCGCUAGCGUUGUUAGCGACUCUAUGGGAUGUUCGGUCGGCACCUGAAGUCUGCACUUCACCUUAAGCUGGGAAGCGUUAAAAACAACAACAAAAACAGGACGAAGGAGUCCACUGGUCAUGACCGGACCACGUUGCUGCCGAUGUGUCAAGGAGUACCAUCCCAUCCUCCCCUGCGUCUCGAACCAAAGCAUCAGCGCACUGACACAUCAUUCCACUGCCGUGCCCACUGUCUGCUCACUGACUCGCUCACUUGAAAAGGAACACUCUUGUCUUUUUAAUGAUCAAUUGCAAAAAGCCAUACAUAAAGACAUGGGUUGAUCCGGCCCACCCAUCGUGAACUGCUAUGAUUUAUCCUUGCCUUGUGUAUAUUUUUGUCUAAUAUGUAAAAUUAUAAAUUCUAUGAUAGAGUUUCUAAAAAAAAAGAAAGAAAAUCAUCCAGAUUAAUCCAUCCAGAUUAUUUCAAGUACAUGAUCUGAAGUAUUGCCAAUGUCCAAUAGGAUUAAUAUCCUUGUGGGUUCUCUGGUAGACUUAGACAAUUAUUUUAUCCGACAAAACCAGGGACCUGUUCUUAAUUUAGAACUCACACACUGAAGUGGCAUUGAGGAUUAUUUUCUGAUAGUAAACAGACUGAACACAAACAAAACACUAAACACAUUCACAUCACAUCACUUGUUCACAUCUAACAUAAUUUUUUGGCAUUCAUGCCAAAGUCUACAAUGCAUUUAUUAUGAAUUUGUUGCAUAUAAUGAUA